AUGCAGGCCUUCCGCCGUAACACUGUCUCGGCCCUCCGCCAGUUCGGUGCCACCCAGCGCCGGACUGAGGCCACCUCUGCCUACCAAUCCACCGUGAACAACCUUCGCAUCAACAAGGACACUCGCGUCCUGUUCCAGGGUUUCACCGGAAAGCAGGGAACCUUCCACGCAGAGCAGGCCAUCGCCUACGGCACAAAUGUUGUCGGCGGUACCAACCCCAAGAAGGCUGGCAGCACUCACCUCGACCGUCCCGUCUUCGCCAACGUUAGCGAUGCCGUGAAGGAGACCGGUGCUACCGCCUCUGCUAUCUUCGUCCCUCCCCCUCUCGCUGCUGCCGGUAUCGAGGAGGCCAUCGCCGCUGAGAUGGGCCUCGUUGUUUGCAUUACUGAGGGUAUCCCUCAGCACGACAUGGUCCGCAUCACCGACAUCCUCAAGACCCAGAACAAAACCCGCCUGGUCGGCCCCAACUGCCCCGGUAUCAUCGCUCCCGGACAAUGCAAGAUCGGUAUCAUGCCCGGCUUCAUCCACAAGCGCGGUCGUGUCGGUAUCGUCUCCCGCUCCGGUACUCUGACCUACGAGGCCGUCAACCAGACCACCCAGGCCGGCCUUGGUCAGUCUCUCGUCGUCGGUAUCGGUGGUGACCCCUUCUCCGGCACCAACUUCAUCGACUGCCUGAAGAUCUUCCUCGAGGACCCCGAGACCGACGGUAUCAUCAUGAUCGGUGAGAUUGGUGGUUCCGCCGAGGAGGACGCCGCCGAGUUCUUCAAGGCCAACAACAUCCACAACAAGCCCGCCGUCUCCUUCAUCGCCGGUAUCUCUGCUCCCCCCGGUCGCCGCAUGGGUCACGCCGGUGCCAUCGUCUCCGGUGGUAAGGGUGGUGCCGAUUCCAAGAUCUCCGCCCUGACCGACGCCGGUGUCAUUGUCGAGCGCAGCCCCGCCAACCUCGGCAAGUCCCUCCUUGCUGAGUUCGUCAAGCGCGACCUUGUCUAA